AUGUCUGACCUCAAACAUACCUCCAGUCAGGGAUCGGCGGGCGAUGCAAAGGAUCCUGAAACUCAGGAAGCAAGUGUCGAUCGUCCCCAUUCAGGCGGACUGCAUCGGCGCUUGAGUAACCGUCAAAUUCAGCUCAUCGCAGUGGGAGGGUCGAUUGGAACGGGUCUUUUCAUCGCCAUCGGUGGCGCACUUCACAAGGGCGGACCGGCGGGCCUGCUUCUCGCCAUCGGCAUCCAGUGCAUCAUGGUCAGCAUGCUCAACAACUGCCUGGCCGAGAUGACCACCUACAUGCCUGUUACAGGCGGCUUUAUCGCCCUGGCUGGCAAAUGGGUAGACGAUGCCUGGGGCUUCCUCGCCGGAUGGAACUUUUUUAUCUUCGUUGCCCUUACGAUCCCCUUUGAGAUAUCCGCUGUGAACGUGCUCCUCGGAUUUUGGAGAGACGAUAUUCCUGCUUGGACCGUGUGUUUAGCCUGUAUUGCUGUCUACGCGGCAAUCAACUUUUUUACUGUCAAAGCAUAUGGCGAGGCUGAGUUCUGGCUCUCAGGAGGAAAGGUUAUCCUGAUAUUCAUACUCUUCUUCUUCACAUUCAUCACCAUGGUCGGUGGCAAUCCGAAGCAUGAUGCAUAUGGAUUUCGGCAUUGGAAUACUCCGGGCCCCUUUGCAGAAUACUCCUCGUCUGGUAAUACUGGUCGGUUCGAUGGCUUCCUCGGAGCACUCUGGACGGCAAUCUUUAUUGUCACGGGGCCAGAGUAUAUUUCCAUGGCGUCUCCCGAGGCAAAGCACCCUCGAGUCUACCUGAAACAAGCGUUCAAGGUGCUCUAUGGCCGAUGCUUUGUCUUCUAUGUUGGAGGUGCGAUCUGCGUAGGGGUCAUCCUUGCCUACAAUGACCCUGCACUGAAAGCUGCCCAGGAGAGCGGCUCGUCUGGGGCAGCUGCAUCGCCGUACAUUAUUGCAAUGAACAAUCUGUCCAUCACCGGGCUACCCCACCUUACCACAGCGCUCAUGCUGACAUCCGUCUUGGCCGCCGGCAACACAUAUUGGUACUCUGCAAUCCGCUCGCUCUAUGGACUGGCAGUUGGUAGGCGGGCACCGCGUAUCUUCCUCAAGACCAACAGCCGUGGCGUCCCAAUUUAUUGUUUUAUGGUGGCAGCAGCAUUCGGCUGUCUUUCCUUUAUGCAAGUGUCCGGGGACUCUAUGACCGUGCUGAACUGGCUCAUCAGCCUGACCACUGCCAAUGUCCUUAUCAACUACAUCAUCAUAUCCGUCACAUAUAUCUGUUUCUAUCGGGCGUGCCAGGCUCAAGGGUUCGAUCGUCGCAACAAACUGCCAUACUACGGUCGAUUCCAGCCGUACUGUGGAUACAUCGCCGCGGGCUGGAUGCUGCUCAUGCUGCUGUGUUUCGGAUACCGUAGUCUGAGGCCAUUUAGUGUUGAGGACUUUUUCCUGACGUAUACCAUGGUCAUUCUUGCUCCGAUUGUAUUUGGAUUCUGGAAGGUCUUCAAAAAGACGAGAUGGUUGAGGCCAUCGGAGGUCGACCUGCAUUGGCAGGCGGACAUUGUUGCGCUCUAUGAAGCGGGCGAGACGGAGCAACCUGUCGGUUUUCUCAGAGACGUCUUCCACAUGUUCAAAUUUCGGAGAACACCAGUUGCCAUGGCCUAG